AUGGACCUGGCUUCGGCACUCGCUGCAACGGGGUCGGACGACGUAUCUGACCCUUCGGAUUUCCCCGAGAACUUUGGGGACCUGAGAACAUUGGACAGGACACUGCGAUGUCCGAUUUGCAAGGACCUUUUCAAUGCGCCGGUCCUCCUCGCGACCUGCGGACAUUCCUUUUGUAGUCUAUGUAUUCGAGAAGCCUUAAAAGAGGGAGAAAAGAAGGAAUGCCCUGCUUGCCGAAUACCGACACAAGAGAGCAGUAUAAAGAAGAACAUUGUCCUGGAGGAGAGUGUGGAGGCAUACAAAGGGGCAAGGAGUAACGUCUUAUUUCUGGCUAACGACGCAGUGUCGCGUAAGCGACGACGAGAAGAGUCUGCAAACGGCACAGAUGAAACGCCUCGGCCAAAACGAAUGAAGCGACAAUCCUCUGAUCAUGUAUUACAGUCGGUUGAUGAGGAUGAUGAACGUCCAGAGGAAUCGGAAGAUUCUGAAGUGGAGAUAUUGGACUCGAAUGCACUAGUCGACUGCCCAAUAUGUAAUCACAAAGUCCUCGUAACACGAAUAAACGCGCACAUCGAUGCGGGCUGCCCUGAAGAGCAGUUACCCAGCGACAAGGGGAAGGGAAAAGUACAAUGGGCAAAAUUGCUUGCUGGACCAGGCGGGAAGACAGGCUCGAAAUUUGGAAGAAGAGGUGCUGGAGGGGAUACAGACCGCUCGAGUUCUCCGCCACCCCGACCACUAGCGAAGGUCUCCUACCACACUCUUAGCAACAAACAAGUUCGCAUGCUCCUUCAAACCCAAGGCUUAGCAGAAACAGGUGACCGAAAGCAGUGGGAACAGAGACACGCGCAGUGGAUCACGUUAUAUAACGCAAAUCUAGACUCGUCCAAGGCCAAAUCAACGGAUCAACUCAAAAGGGAUUUGGACAAAUGGGAGAGGCUGCGGGCGAGGGACGAGAAGGAGAAAGAAGCAAGAAUGUCUAGAGUUGAUGCAAAGGGCUACGAGAAAUCCCAAAACGAGCACUUUGCUAAGCUCAUCGUUCAGGCCAGAGCAUCGGUACAGGGCAAAAGCAAUGGCACAUUGGUGAAGGGAGAGGCUGAAUCUGAUAAGCCGAUCGAAAUCUCAUCAGAUGUGGAGACUGUCUGAUCACCCGACGUGAGAAUGAUAUCCAGUCC